AAAUCUCACACCAAUCAAAAUGCUUUACAUUAUCUUCCUCACUGCUCUCUUAUUCGUCACUCCAUCCUCUCACGCCGCAGAUUUCUGCGUCGCAAAACUAAAAGGAUUCGGCGGUCCUUCAGGAUACGCCUGCCGGGACCCUGCAAAGGUCACCGUGGAUGAUUUCAUCUUCUCCGGCCUCGGCAUUCCCGGUAACACAACCAACAUCAUCAGUGCUGCUGUAACACCAGCUUUUGUUCAGCAAUUUCCAGGUCUAAAUGGCCUUGGCCUCUCCGGGGGAAGGCUAGACCUUGCAGCAGGUGGUGUUAUCCCAUUGCACACUCACCCAGCCGCCUCUGAGCUUCUCUUUGUCGCCUCCGGGAAGAUAACCGCCGGUUUUAUUUCCUCCGGCGCCAAUGUUGUUUACACAAAGACACUUAUGAAAGGUGACCUAAUGGUGUUUCCUCAAGGAUUGCUUCAUUUUCAGAUAAAUGCCGGUGGUUAUCCAGCUCUUGGUAUUGUUACCUUUAACAGCCCUGAACCUGGUCUGCAAAUUACUGAUUUUGCACUGUUUGCUAACAAUUUCCCCACUCCAUUGAUUGAAAAAUCCACUUUUCUUGACGAAGCUACAAUUAAGAAGCUCAAGAGUGUUCUUGGUGGUACUGGUUAAGGCUUGUUAAACCUGUUUUUGAAGUUGUUUCAUGUUUUUGUAUUUUUUUUCCCCUUUUAAUCUGUUAAUUUUGUUGAACUGAUGUGGAUUUGUUAUUUUAGCUCUUGAUUUUUCUGAUCAAUGUUUAGCAAUUUCAUGUAAUCAUUUUUUUAAUAAAAGAUUUAGUGUGAAGCUCCAAUAA